AUGGCGCUGCGCAAUACAUACUUACAGAAUAGAUUUAUCUUCAUUCGGGGAGACGACAUGAUCCCGAUUCUGAAAGGUCUCGGUGCCAGAGAAGACGAUUUCGAGUUCGUCCAGCAGAUCAGUGACCUCACCGGACCCGACCCAACCCUCGAAUAUCGCUCGGUGACUUACGGGCGGUACUGCAUCGACCCCGAGACACGCAGCAUACAGCGGCUCGAGACACAGCCGUACACCCUAACGGUGCAGGAGGACUACAAGCGCCACGACUCUGGGAUCCCCAGGAUGUUCGACGAGACCCCAACAGACAUGCAAGGCAACACAGUCGUACAGGCUCUAAUGCUCUUCAAAGCACUUGUCUUCCAGGGUGUCCCUGUCACACCCCGUGACCACCUAGACUAUUCCUCUCCUGCUUGGAUAUGCACCAUGUUCAACGCGCGUACGCACACUUCGAAGAACCAUGGCAUCUUCGGUGAACCGGCACUCGAAGGUGUCCACUCGGAUGGGUCCGACCACACUAUGACGGUAUUUCUGGGUAGUAAGAACAUGCGUGCCGAUAGCGCGGUUACAUUCAUGCACGACAACGAGGAGACGACUGGGGUGCAGGUAUGGGAGACAAACCCUACCCUUAUCCGGGCCCGCGUGCACCACCAGCACUUUUUGGACACUCUGGUCUUUGUGGAUCAUGACUUCAAGCACAGCGUUACUUCAGUGCACCAAAUGGAUGCGGCGCAGCCCGCAAGUAGGGAUAUGUUAGUUGUGUUUACUCGGCGGCCGAAGAUCGAGGGGCAUGUGUCAGGUUAUGCGGAUACUAUGGAGCUCCACAGUACAGAACCAUUCCAUUUGCCUAUGUGGCUGCCUUGA